AUGGCUCCAGCCUCCGCCGGCGCCAAGCGCCCCUUCGCCGCCGACUCCGCCCACGACGCUGCUGAGCAAGAGCAAUCACUCGCGCAGGUCCAGGAGAGCGCGGUGAGCAAGAAGAACGGCCAGAGCGAGCAGCCGAAGCUGGAGUGCCCACGGUGCAGCUCCACGGACACCAAGUUCUGCUACUACAACAACUACAGCACGGCACAGCCGCGCCACUACUGCCGCACCUGCCGCCGCUACUGGACGCACGGCGGCACGCUGCGCAAGGUCCCCGUCGGCGGCGCCUGCCGCCGCGGCUCCGGCAGCAGCAGCAAGCGCCGCAGGCCCUCCGCCGAGCCCCACACGCCCUCCUCCGGCUCGCCGCAGCCGGACCAGCAGGAGCAAGACACGCUCCCCCCGCUCCCGGUCUUCCCGUUCCUCACCGAUGGCGGCCCCGCCUUCCUGCCGCAGUUCGACCUCGGGCUCUACGACGGGCUCGCGGCGCCCACCGGCGCAUGGGAGGACUUCGGCGGCCUUGAGCUCACCUGGCCACCACCGCCACCCCCGGAGGCCGGCAACUGA